GACUUGAGACAUUUCAUAAUAAAAAAUUUAUGCAUCGUGAUUUCCAUAGUGGAAACAUAUUAUUUGAUUUAAAAAAUAAUUGUAUGGUAGAAAUUAUCGUUGGAGAAUUGGGGAUCUAGGAUUAUCACAAGCUGUAAAUAAUAAAUCAUUUAAUGAUGAAAUAUAUGGAGUAAUACCUUAUAUUGGACCAGAAAUCUUUAAAGGGUCUGCAUUUUCUAAAGAAGCUGAUAUUUAUAGUUUUGGUAUGAUUAUCUGGGAACUUACAACAGGUUGUAAACCUUUUUAUAAUGUUGAACAUGAUCAUACUCUUAUUUAUAAAAUUCUUGAUGGAGAACGACCCAGAAUUACAGAUGAUACACCAGAAUGUUAUGCUAGUUUAAUGAAAAGUUGUUGGGAUGCUGAUCCCAAAAAAAGACCUUCUAUAAAAAUCAUUCGCUCAACUUUUGAUAGGUGGGCAUUUAGGCGUGUAAAUGGAGCAGAAUUUGAUCAAGCUGAAGCAAAAAGAACGAAAUUAAUAAAAUCAAAGAAGAUUGGACCCGAAUUUGCUGAAAAACGUCAUUCAGAAGCUAUUUAUACAAGUAGGCCAUUAAGUGCUUUAAUUUCUAAAUGUACAUCCAUCUAUUCAUCAUCAACAAUUUCAUUUGGUAAGCAAGGUAUUACAAAAAAGAUUGAUUGUAAUAUAAAUUCAUUAUUUAUAUAAUUAGUAAGAAAUAUGUUAUACUUAUUAUUUGUUAUACUUUUCAGAUUCUAAUCAUGUCUCAAAAUUAGAAAGACACUAAUAAAAGUUUGUCAUCACAAAAUUUAAAUUCUACAGUUCAAAAUUAUUCAACUACUUUAAAUUCUAACUAUAUCUCAG